GGUUCUACCUACUAUAUCUUGUUUCUAAUUCUGUGGGUCUGACUCAGUAGACAAACGUUGCAAAUUGUGCGGAUUAUUGUGAAAUAACGCCGGGAAAGGCGCCGUGGAAAAAGUGUCAGCCUGAUUGGAUUCCGAAGAUGUAAAAUAACCUGUUCGAACCCUAUAUAGGGUUCUAACGAAAACUAACAAGGCUUUUAUCAUUCUCAUACAGAGAGAUUUUUGGAUAUUAUAUCAGUAUUAGACGUUAAACAUCAUGUCUGCCAUCCACAAUAAAAGAUCUACUCCUGACAAGGACAGGGAAAGAAUGAAGGAGUUGGACCGAAUGAGACGGCAUGAAAUGCACACAACCAUGAAAAAGGAGCCAAUUGAUAAUGCUCCUUUGUUUGGUAACCCAGUUAAGGUAGCCAAACCUAUCGAUGAUAUGAGCAAAAUGAUACACAACACACUUGGAAGCUAUGAGACUGUGAAGGACCAGUUGACUGAACGGAGUAAUUAUCUGUUGCUUGGAAUCCCUAAACAACCUCCGACACCUGUUGUAGGCAAGGGUAAUGACGAAAUCUUCACUGUUCCAAGUGGGGUUACUCACAAUGGUACUGACAAGGCCAUGAUGCCUGGUCAUUGUAGUGCCGCUACUUCUGUUAAAAUGAAAACAGAAACCAAGCCCAAAACGGCAGAUCACAAAGCCAGCCGCAAAAAGUCUCACCGACCAAGUGAGAGGAAGUUGUCCGUAGACAAGAACAAGGUGAAAAAACAUAACGCUUCACAUCAUAUCUCCUCCGCGUCCGAGACCAAUACUACUCUAGCUCACAUUGAUAACAAACAUUCAUCUGACAGCGCGAAAAGAAAAGAUGAUAAGUCAUCGUCAUUGUUGUCCUCACAUACUGUUAGCCCUCCCAGAACUGAACAUUCUCACUCAAGUGGCAAUAGACUAGACACUGAACCUUUCAUGAAAUCCCCAAAAGAGUCUACCCCAAUUAAAAAGGAAGAUGGUUUUCCCCCUCCAUAUCCCAGGCCAUCCUUGUUUGCCCAGAUGACACCUGAAAUGGCCAAGGUUAUAUCUCCGCUGAAGGAUUUGUCCGAGAGUCGCAAAUCAGAUAUUAAUUAUAGGCAAGGUAGAACGGACAAGGCUUCUAUCAAAAAAACGCUGCCUCCUCUCAAACUGCCUCAGUUGGAUGACAGCCUGAAUAACCAUCAAAUUGAAGGAAUCCAGUGUGAAGUGGAGACUAUUCUUAAAGAGAUGACCAAUCCAAUAGAUCCACUGCUGACAGCUAUACAGACACCAAGUAAAGGCGGUGAACCAGCAAAAUUUCCAUUUCCAGCUCAGCAGGGCAAGGAAUCACACGUGUCCCAGUUGUUCACUCACAGUAAGUACAUACUUUUCUCGUCAAUAAGAACACAAGCCCAUGACUUGAGUGCUGACCUACUCAUUAGUGAUGAUGACAGCGAGGAUGAGAAAGCAGUUGAAGGUCGUCACACUGUAACUGAGACCACCACUACAGCAAUGAGGCACUCGCCAGCAACUAGACCGCGAAGUCCCUCAUCAAGUAAUAGUGGUAGCUCAUCCAGCGAGUCUGAAGAUGAGAGUAGUUCGGGAAGUGAUUCAGAUAGUGAAAGCAGCUCAAGUGAUAAUGCUUCUCCCUCUCCUUCGCCUUUACAAAAAGAGCGUAAAUGGUGUUUGGCGCCAUUUUUUAGUGCUGCUGCAGUACAGAAAACAAAGGCAUCUCCUGGAAGUGCUUCCCAAAACAAUAAAUACCACCCAAAACCUGGAAUCAUCAGUUCAAAUUCUUCAAACCGUGAAGCUGUCAGCGCUCCUAGGAAUUCUCCGAGUAAGCUGUUGGAAUGUGGGGACAGCAGCAACGGCUUCGACACUAGGGACUUUAGCGACACAGAGCAACAAGGUUUUGAUCCUGGUGGUGGGUUGAAUGAUUUGGACCAAGUUGAAAAGAACAAACCAAAUGGGUUGAUUAAGUUGAAAGUGAAGGUGCCAUCCAAAACAAUAUCCAAGGGGAAAUCACCGGGAAAGGCAUCCACAAGUAAAAGUAAUGUUAAAUCAGCGGCAAAUAAGUCUGGUAAGAAAAUGAGUUCAAUUAAGAAAUCAAGUGUUGAAAAAGCAGCUGAGGGUGGGUGUGGUUCAAAAACUACUCCUGUGAAAGGAAAAACGAAAGACUCUAAGGGUAAAACAAACAAACAAACCACUAAGUCUCAUGAGAAAAAGACUGAUGUGAAACCAAAGACUCCAAAACAAUCAACUCCGAGGUCUGACAAGCCCUCAACUCCCAAACAAAGUGACAAAAAAAGCAAGAAACCUACAGCUAGUAGUACGAAAGGGGAGAAAUAUUACAAGUCAAAAGCGUUUGUCAGUGACGACAGUGAUUCAGACUCUGAUGCGAGUAUUGAUGUGGUCAAUACAAGUUCUCCUGACAAAUCAUUACAAAAUACAAGCAUUAAAAGUCUGUCAUCUUCAUCCUCAUCCUCACUGACUAUGACCCCAAGUCAUACGAAAUGCUCAAAAUCAACAACUCCCAGUAAGACCAAAACGAAAGACAAAAGUAGCAGUGGUAAGAAAUCAUCCGAGAAAGCAAAAGUUGAAAUUAAUACUGGACUUAAAGUGGUGAUCAGCGAAAUUGGCAAAGACGUUGCACUUCCAGAGCCAUUGCUAUCACCAAUUCAAAAUGAGGACUUCCGGCAUAUGCCUACCUUGACGCCAACUAAACCAUUCCUUUCAUCAUCUGCUUGUCAGCAACUUUCCAAGAUUGAGUAUGUUAAUGGGAUUCCAUCGCUUGUUGUCAAGCUUGAUCUCUCACUUAUUGCUAAAGUUCCCACUAAAGUCUCGGUGAAAAAAGAGAUAGAGGAGUCUACGAGUUUCAGUGGAAACCCUCCAAUUAUAACUUCAAGUGCUGUGGAGGAGAAACCGCCAAAGCUGAAGAAGAUUCCGAAACGCAAACAGGAACAGAGAAAAGAUGAUAAACCUGAUUGUGCUACUGAAACAAAGAAAAUCAAGAAAGAGCAUGAUAUCAUCUCUAAAUCACCAACAAUAGAGAAGCCUGAACCAGAGAAUAAGGAGAUUGGUGUGAAAGCGGAGGAUAGUCACGAAUGGGAUCGUAAACACCCAAGAAGGUUAUCAGAAAGACGAUCAAGUAAUACAAGCAUUCAAAGUACAAAUAGUGUGAAAAAAGAAAAAGACAGUCCGCCAAGGAAAAAAACUAAACGUGACCACAGUAUAGGUGACACUAAACAUGAUAAUAAACUUAAACGCAGAGACUGGGACACACCUGAAAUUAGGACUAUAACAAGUGAAAGUCCCAAAGCUGUGGGUCUGACGUCUGCACACCAAAGUAAUGGACAUAAAGCAGGCAAUGAUUGGAGUGCCAUCGCUGGUGGAGUUCAUCUUGAUGGUCCUGAGAGGAGGCACCAGGAAAGGAAACCUAUCAAAACAGAGUUUGAUGAGACACAAUAUCCUGCCGAUCAUUAUUGUGCUGAGGCCAAAGAAUUGAAGCAUGCAGCUGACGUACAGGUUGACAAGAUUGCCAAAGCCUUGACUUAUGUAGAUGCAGUCCUAUCAUUUAUUAAGUGCAGUAAUGCUAUAGAGACGGACUCAGAGAGCAGAUCAUCACCGUUUAACAUGUACUCAGAGACGUCAGAUCUCAUAAAAUAUAUUAUGAGAUACACAGUAAACCAUGGCUUAGACACUGGCGGGAUAGAUAAAAAACUAGCAGUCCUAUGCAUGAGAUGCCAAGCCUUACUCUGCAACAAAAUGUUUAAAUUAAAAAAGGACAAUGCAAUGAAAUUUUCCAAGAUUUUAACGGACCACUUCAAGACACCUACCAAGCCUACAAAUGCACAGGCACCAUCACCAUAUCAACCUAAUUGGAAUGCCAAUUUUGUAGAAAGUGGAUUUUUUAUCCAGGGUUAUUUAACUUAUAUACUUCAUGACGUGCAAGACAAACCUAAAUAA